UCUGAAAAUAAAAGUAUGUAAUGUAUUUGACAUUGACAUUUCGAUGAACAAACUCUGUAAAUGCUCUUUUAGUUACGUAAAAUAUUUUUAAUUUUCUAAAUAAGAUAUUUUAAGUUGUAUAGUCAAUAUUAUAGCCGAUGUGCUAAAGUUGUGAAAAUGCAAGCUAUCAAGGCUUUGGGAGCUGCGGCUCCUUCGACCGUUCUUUCGGUUGUAAAGAAAGGAGCAUUUGCCCCCAUGAUAGAUCAAAUUCGACAAACUCAUUUGCCGGCACCCGAUCCAAAAGAACGAAGACCGUAUUCCCCUUUCCAAGACACUAGCAACAUGGCUGAAUAUGCGGUGGCUCGGCUGGACGACUUGCUGAACUGGGGCAGGAAGGGCUCUAUGUGGCCCAUGACCUUUGGCUUAGCUUGCUGUGCUGUUGAGAUGAUGCACAUAGCUGCUCCACGUUAUGACAUGGACAGAUAUGGUGUGGUGUUCAGAGCUUCACCUCGUCAGACAGAUGUGAUGAUUGUUGCUGGAACAUUGACUAAUAAAAUGGCACCUGCACUCAGGAAAGUUUACGAUCAGAUGCCAGACCCAAGAUGGGUUAUAUCUAUGGGCAGUUGUGCAAAUGGCGGUGGCUACUAUCACUAUUCCUAUUCAGUUGUUAGAGGUUGUGACCGUAUAGUGCCUGUUGACAUUUAUGUCCCCGGAUGUCCACCCACAGCUGAAGCUUUACUGUACGGAGUCCUUCAAUUACAGAAGAAAGUCAAGAGAAUGAAGACAGUUCAAAUUUGGUACCGAAAAUAAAGGAAAACUAUUAUGUAGAUGAUGAACAUAAAUGAUAUUGCUAUUUAUUCUCAUUUCCGCAGUAACAUAAAAAGUAGAUGAAAAUUUUAAUCCCUUUGUGAUAUUAGUUUUUUCAUCAUAAUAUUACAAUCAAUUUAUAGUUACAAGCAAACUAUCGUAUCCAGUGUUAUUUUAAAAUAGAGAUAAUAAUAGAUCAACUUUGCUUUAUUUAUUGUUUGCCUUGCAUCCUGUUUCUGAAACUCAAAUUAACUUACCUGUCUAUUAACAUAUAUGUGUAAGAUGAAUUCAUUUAAUAAUAAAGUAAUUGCAGUAUCACCAAGUAAUUUUGUAACAGUCUUCUAAAAUAAUCAAAUUUUCUUUUUAAUAGUCUACCUUGCAGGCAUCACAGAAAUACAGCGUCCGCGGUAUUAUAGAAUAAUACACGGUUUAAAACUAGCUGACCCGGCAA